GAACGUCCCUCGUAUACGAUUAAAAACGUGGACCAAUCAGGUAGCGACAACAAACCGAUUUGACAGAUCACAAUCGCAGCGGUUCACUUCUGUCAACGUGUUAACAUAUUCAUUAGAAAAAUAACAUUUACUUUCGAAACUUGUACGUAAACGUAACGCGAUGGAUUUUAGAAUUUUGGUGUUGACGUUGUUCUCGUCGAUUAUCGCAGUCAACAGUUUAAAACAAGGAGAAUGCGAAGUUUGUGUGAAAGUUUUGGACAGAUUCCGGGAAUCAUUAAGCGACAGCGUCAAAUCAGAGCCGAAAAAGAUCGAAGAAGAAUUCAGAGCAUUCUGUAAAGCGGUUAAAAAAGACAAGGAAAACAGAUUCUGUUACUAUUUGGGUGGUUUGGAAGAGAGCGCGACCGGAAUCCUGAGCGAAAUGUCCAAACCUCUCUCGUGGUCUAUGCCGUCAGAUAAAAUUUGCGAGAAGCUGAGGAAAAAGGACCAACAAGUGUGCGAGUUACGUUACGACGUCGAAAUCGAUUUGAAGACUGUUGAUUUGAAGAAAUUGAAAGUCAGAGAUUUGAAAAAGAUCAUCAAUGACUGGGGCGAGGAUUGCACCGGAUGCAUCGAAAAGAGCGAGUACAUUAAGAGAAUUGAGGAGCUGAAAUCUGUGCACACUGAACUUUAAACAAGUGGACUCUCAAGUGUCUUUUUUCUUUUUUCCUUUUUCCUUUUUUCCUUCAAUACCAAAGGGUGAGAUUUGUUUUCCAGGCCCGUUAAUAAAACACUUAGGGAAUUUUUUAUUAAUUAAGGUUAUUUAUAAUGUAUUUAUAUUUGUAAAAAAAUUAAACAAUACAAUAGU